AUCAACUGAUAGCCCCACAUUAGUACCUGUUAUUAAUUGCGAAGGUACGAAGUGUACUGGAGUCACAAAACUAUACGCUUGUGUGUGUGUGUGCGUGUAUGUGUGUGUGCGUGCGAGCAUGCGGUGAGUGUUACAGAGGGUGUGGCGGCAGUUCAGAGUCAAGAGGGAUGUCCGUUGUUAUAACAAGGACGGCAGAAGCUCGCUGGCUCUUCUGGAAGUCGCAGGAAUUAACAACAGCUUUUAUGUCUCUCCAAUUCUCUCUAAAGACUGGCUGCUGAGAAGAUUCAGUGUUCCUACUCUACGACGCAUUUUAGUGCUGGCUGAUGUGUACCCCACAUUGCUGCAUGCUUACUCACUCUCCAGCCUUGAAGCGCUAGACACCCUGAACUCCCGCCCCUUCCCUGACGCUCCGGAGUCGCGAGGACCUGCCAGCCCAUCGCCAGCGCCGCGCCACCAUGGACGUGAAGGCCGAGCUUGUCUUAUUGAUCUUCACCCUUAACUGCGUCACCCUGAUUCUCACUGGCAAGGACUUGAUACGGUCUCGUCUGUGUCGAGAUAAAUAUGGUCAUGACCCGGCUUGCAUUCUUACCUUAAGGAACACCCCUAUCAUCCUCAACGACACCACCAGCACCAUUGCCCACAUGAAGAACAUUACCAAUACUUCACUCAGCAAUGGCAUCUCACUAGCACUACCAUUACCACUGCAACGGUCACCACAUUUACAGCCACAGCAGCAGCCACGUCAACUGCUCUCAUCAUUAGCAAGCAAGGGAGAAAAGGAAGAAGUGGAUGAUUCUCACGACCUGUUAUCGCUGCUACCACCACUGAAACCAAAAAUCAACAAAAACCACCUCGUUAAUGUGACGCAGGCAGUGGAGUCUUGCGGCCUGAUCCUCACCGCCACCUUCCUCUCCACCUCCGUGGUCUCAUCGCAGGUGCUAGGCAGGUGGAUUGACAGGUGGUCUCGAAAAAGUAUGAUGAUGCUACCUCUGACGGGCGUGGUACUGUGGGCCACCUGUGGAGUGAUGGUUUCAGCCGCGCCCUGGAACCCCAUCUUCCUGUGGUUCGUGGGAGCGGGUCUGUGCGGCCUCUGCGGGGGCUUUAUCACCCUCAAAACCGCCGUGACGACCUAUGCUCUUCAGGCCAUGGAGCGUGGGGACAAGAUAGUGAAGCUAGCUCUACUGCAGGCCGCCAUCUCUAUAGGGGUGUUUGUAGCCUACCUAUGCUCCUACUACCUGCCUGCUAACACUCACGGAGAGAUUAGUAAUACGUUAUUAGGUAUUACGCUGAUGGGAAUAUUGGACAUCAUCUUCGCUGCGGGGUUCCUCUCGACCACAUCUCGAACACCACCACCCCUGUCACCCACCACUCCAUCCACCACCCCCCGCACCCGCUCCGCUUCCAACCCUCCCCCCGCAGGACCCGCCACUCGAGUUAAUGCGCACAACUCCACCGUAAGUUUAGCUCGGCAUGCUCAAAGAGAGGAAGAGAUGCGGGAGGAGGAGGAGGAGCAGAGGGAAAGAAGGUACGCUGGAAAGAAUAAGAUAAUAAUAGUCGAUGUAGUGAAAGAAGAUGAUAAAUGUGAUGAAGAUGAAAAGGAGGAUGAACGGCAUGCCCAAAGGGAUAAGCAGGAGGAGAUGGAAGUGGUGGUAGUAGCGGAACAGGAGGAGGAGAAGGAAGAGAGGAACGAUGGAUAUCAUGAAGAAAGAAUGGUGGAGGCAGUGAAGGAAGAGGAUGAUAAAUGUGAUGAAAGUGAAGAUAAAGAGAGGAAGGAAGGAGAAAGAUACGUAAAUCACGAAGAUGAUGAAUGUGCUGAAAAUGAAAAAGAGGAAAGAAUAAAAGAAAAAAAAGUGGUUGGCGAAUGUGAUAGAAAUGAAGAAAAUAAUAUGGAAGAAGAGAAAAACGAAGAUGAGUACUAUGAAAAAGAGGAGAAACAAAAGAAAGAAAAGGAUGAGAAAGAUGAAUGGCUUAAAAAUGGAGAGAGAGAAGAGAAAGAAGACGAAAUGAAUGCAAUCAAAGACACAGAGAAUAUUCCAGCACAUCCUGUAUUCCCUAUUGACAUUUUCGUUAUUUCCCCUAUAGAAGAGCAAGACGAAAACUUGAGCGACGUGAACAAGAACACAGAGGGAAAUACCGCAAUAGAGUCGGGAGAAAUAGACCGAGACGAAGGACAUUUGAUUGCUUAUUCCACCGAGGAAGAGGGGAUGAACACCAAACAGAUCAGAUUAGCGUUCCACGGUUCCUCGCCCUCCCACCACACCAUUACUAUUGCCUCAGAGGACGGCAGCAGCGUGUACGGCACCCCUCCUGAGCCCUCUAGCCACUAUGGCACACCUCCCAGCCGAACGCUCUCCCGCCACUCUAUGGAGGCGGCGGCGGCGGCUGCAGAGGGGGUUCAUCAGCAAGCAGUAUCAGCCUUCCAUCAUCCACCUCAAGCCUGCGUCCCUUGCUGCUGCCACCACAGAGUGCAGGAUUACAGAUGUCCCAUAAAUUACGGUAUAGGAUUAUCAUCGUCAUUGCCAUCUACACUCCCAAGUACCAUUAAUUUCGGGGGUCAUGAAACCCCUCACAUCUUCCAGAACGAAAUGCAGUUUAAACAUAGGCUAGGAGGCUGUAGCUCCCAGCACGAUUCAUUAAUGAGUCAGAAUGUGCUGUUGACGCCUGAUUCCUCCGACUGCUCUUCGCUCAGCUGCGAGGGCUCACAUCCAAACUGCAACAGCAGUAGUGACGGGUGUCAGCACUGUCAUGAUGUGCUGCGAGAGGACGAGGGGUAUAAUUUUGGUGCUUAUGCUUCCCUAGACGAUGUGCAGAGUUUGUCACUCUCUGUGUCAAGCAACUCUGACGCUUUAAGCCUCUCAAAUAACCCUAGCUCUACCACAAGACAGCCAGAAAUCUCGCCACCAACACAAAACGAAAGCAUUGGUGAAGUGAGCGAGGGUGCAGGAGGCAGGUCCUCGGCGCCCUUGACGCUGGCCAGUGAGUCAAGUGGUGAAGGAGAGUGUUGCGCAGGUGGCGCGGGGAGGUGCCGGGUGUGCGUGGCGGGGGGACUACUCUGCCGCCCGGUGUCAGUGACCUUUCGACGCAGAGCCGCAGGGCUGAGAGGUAUCGUGGUCGCCGACGUGGUGGCCACCUUCCUCAUCAGUAUGGUGGCGGCAGUGGUGUGCACCCUUUCACUGGCCUUCAUCUGCAGUCGUGUGGGAGGUUACGCCACUCUACCUGGAAGCAAAGAUGAAGUGGUCCCUAGCAGACUGGAUCCCGUAUCUAGCCUGCCACAGCGGACUGGGAGUGGUGGCGCUGGUGGUGGUACUGCCUCUGCUGCGCCGAUGGUGGGUGCUGCAGGACACCACACUGGGGUACUCGGCGGUGUAUCCAGUAUCGCUUCCUCUACCUUCCUUAGUUUCGUGACUUCUUCUUCAACUGCCAUUCCUCUAACUCUUACCUUUGGGCCCUUGGCACAGUACCUCAACGUGUCCUCUGUUUCCAUCCUAGUACGUCUGGUGGACAUGAGUGAGUUAGGUGGCGCGAUCAUGUGCCUGUGCACGAUUGAGCAGCUAGGGUUGACAACUGGCUUGCUCACUUCCCACUAUAUAUUUCCCUUGCUGUUACGAUGCAAGAUGCCCGGCGUCACCUUCAUAACAACAGGCCUUCUGGUGACGGUACCGUCAGUUAUAUUAGGAGUGCUGUAUUUCUCGCUGAAUUUACGACAGAGGAUACGUCCACGUGGAACUCCUAGCAGCCAGCCAUCGUCUCUCCGGCUUGGGAGUCAACAAAGCUCAAGUCAGCCGCGAUCACACCAUUCAUCUGAACUUGGUCAAAAUAAAACACGCACUGUAAACACCUCGCGUGUACCGCAACUAAGUGUUGUAUAAUUCCUUUUAACACUGAAUGAAUUAGUAGCAAAUUC